GAUAAAGAAUGGGACAUUUCAUGUUUAGGCAAACAUGAAAAGUCAAAGUUAAAUACAACUGGCCCUUUGAGGGCCUCCAUAACACUCAUGUGGCCCUUUAGGAAAUAAGUUUAACACCCCUGACUCAUUCUCCAUUCACUGACCCUAACAUUGAAAUGGUAGUAGCUGAGAGUCAUUAAACACUCACCAAAAUGGCUUGUCAUUUUUCACCAUUAGAUGAAAUCAGUUUAAAACGCUGAAAGUUGGCGGYCAACACGCUUUCCUCCUUUGCACAGACCUUUAAUUCUUGCAGUUGAUUCCGAUCCUGAGAGGACAUCCCAGCUCUUCUCAGUACAGGUGCAGCGCGAGAGAGCCUCUUUCGGCGCGUGCAGCUCCGCCUAUCGSGAUCGCAAAGCCGUGGUCACGUGACACCCCCCUCCCCACCAACACCGCCACCCCUCCAGGCGGACAGAAGGCAGGCUCGGAGUGAGAGCGGCGGCAUCCCUGGAAGCUCUCACCGAGCGGGACGUGAUGUCGGCGGGCUGAGCUGAACCGGAGCACCGUUCAGGUAAACUUAAUAUAAUCCUGCCCGUCUGGAAACAGUGACUCUAGACUGACGGACAGACUAAUUGACACAAAAAGUGGGUGGAAAAGAGAACAGGAAAAAGAAAACAACAUUUGUGGAGCGGCCUGAGUCAGAGCAGAGCACAUGAGGAGCAGAAACAGGCCGUCAUCAACAUCCUGACGAGUAACCUUUCUUGUGCACCCCACCACGCGCCCGCCAACUCCAGAAGUGGGCGUCAAGCAGGAAGGAAACAAGUGACCCCCUUCCUCCUGCAGGCAUGAGGUCCUUUCGUUCCUUCAGCAACGAUGACCGCCACGUCAUGGCGAAGCACUCCACCAUCUACCCCUCCUCGCAGGAGCUGGAGGCCGUGCAGACGCUGGUAUCCACGGUUGAGUGCGCUCUCAAACACGUCUCUGAUUGGCUGGAUCAGACCAGCGGUACUGCCCACAACAACUUCGACAGCCAAGCAGCAGACAGACCAGAGGAGGAUGGCCCUGGUGAUGAGCCAAGUGAAGGAGCGGAAGAAUCCGGCGGCUGCUACAGGGAUGCCAGCAUCGGUGGUGUGCUUUGUGGAGUGAUACGGGUUGGACUUGUGGCCAAAGGACUCCUGAUCAAAGGUGACAUGGACCUGGAGCUGGUGCUGAUGUGCAGAGACAAACCCACACAGACACUGCUGGACACWGUCUGUUGCAAUUUACCCGCACAGAUCCAGAAGCAGACGGAGGAGAAAUACGAGGUCACAAGCUCCUUGCCAGAAGCAGCCAUCCUGGUACAAACRACAGCAGAGCCCAAACUCACACUGAAGAUUACCCUCACCUCGCCAGAAAUGAGAGAAGACGAAGAUCAAGAAGAGGAGGAUGAGGAGGAAGAAGAGCAGCUGGAGACUGGGGAGGAAACGGAAGAGGUAGAGGAGGAGYCGAUGGGGGAAGAAGAGCAGGAGCAGGGGAAAGAAAAUGGUCAAGUGUUGGGUGCUGCUGCGCAGAGAGUGGAGGCUGAGGAGGAGGGGGAGGUGCUGGAUAGACACAGAUGUCUGUUGGCCCUGGCAGCGCUGCGACACGCCAAAUGGUUUCAGGCUCGGGUGAACGGACUGAAGUCCUGUGUCAUCGUUCUCAGGAUACUUAGAGACAUGUGCAAUAGACACCCCGUUUGGGAGCCUCUCAAGGGAUGGCCAUUAGAACUCAUAUGUGAGAAGGCCAUUGCUACCUGUAACAGACCCCUCGGGGCAGGAGAAGCCCUCCGUCGAGUCAUGGAGUGUUUGGCCUCAGGCAUUCUUCUCCCAGGUGGUCCAGGUUUACAUGACCCCUGUGAGAAAGAGCCUACAGAUACUCUGGCCAACAUGACCGACCAGCAGGCUGAGGCUAUCACCUAUGCAGCACAGCAUGCUCUCAGACUCAUGGCAUUUGGGCAGAUCUACAAGGUGUUAGAGAUGGAGCCUCUUCCCUCAAAUAAACCGUCGCAGAAAUACCCGUGGUCGGAUAAAGAAGGUUUAGGCCUGAAGAGGCCGUACGAGGAUGGGAUGAUGGAUGACAAAGACCUCAUUAAAAAAAUGAAGAGAAAUCUUAGAAAAGUCCUCGACAGUAAAGCCAUAGACUCCAACCAGCCAAUGAACGCCCUGAUGCGUCUGAACCAGAUCCGACCAGGGCUGCAGUAUCGCCUGCUCUCCCAGUCUGGGCCAGUACACGCUCCAGUCUUCACCAUGUCUGUGGACCUGGAUGGAACUGUUUAUGAAGCAUCUGGAUCCUCCAAGAAGACAGCCAAGCUCCACGUUGCUGUCAAAGUUCUCCAGGCGAUGGGAUACCCGACAGGUUUCGACUCAGAUCUGGACCCCAUGAGCUCAGAUGAGAAGUCGGACAGCGAGGGGAAAAGCGAGACGUCUUCACACUCUAGCAAUAACCCAACUCAUUCCUCAGAUGGUUCAAACACGCUGGAGGUGCGAACUCAGGGCCCCAUACUGACGGCGAGUGGGAAGAAUCCUGUCAUGGAGCUGAACGAGAAGCGACGAGGCCUCAAGUACGAGCUCAUCUCCGAGAGCGGAGGCAGCCACGACAAACGCUUUGUCAUGGAGGUGGAGGUCGAUGGGCAGAAGUUUCGUGGGGCAGGCCCCAACAAAAAGGUAGCAAAGGCCAGCGCCGCUCUAGCAGCUCUGGAAAAACUCUUCUCUGGUCCCAACGCAGCUGCAAUCAAGAAGAAAAAGAUCCUGCCUCAGACUAAAAGUGCUCUGGCUGCAGCGGCAGCAGCCUCAGCGGUAGCAGCACAGGUAGCAAGAGGAAGAGGACGAGCAGCACUCGCAAGAGGAACCUUCGUCAGCGCCGCUGCACCUGGAUACGUCACACCAGGCUUCAGUACACCGUACGGCUACAGCCCUGCUGCAGCAGCUGCUCCUGCAUACGGUGGUCUGUUCAUUGACAAUCCUUUUUACCAGCCGCGCACCAUCGCUCCUUUUAUCAUCCAUCUGGGUCCGCAGGAUCUCUUCACCGACUUCUAAAGGCAGGAAGCUGUUGGGCCACACUCGUCACUCUUUACCUGUCUCCACACACACACACACACACACACACACAAACACACACGUACCUGCCCGCCUGUUUGCGUGUCUGUCAGCGAGCGGGAGGGGCGUCGCCUUUUCCGCCUCGGCUGAUGGGUUCGCUCACAGCUUGUCUUCGAUUAGGGGCCGCUGCAGAAACUCUCUCCUACCUGCUGACCGAGAGCCACCGAACUUUUUCUGCUUUUCUCUCCUCUCCGACCUGAUUUUUUUCCUCCUCGGAGGGGGAGGAGGGGGGGGGCACAUUUUACACGAAGCAAUACUUGGAUUUUCUGAGAAACGUUCAGCUGGGACUGCGCGAGGAGUGAGCUGAACGUCGGUCUGUUCUUAUAGCAAUACACCUGAACUCGUCUCUCUGAGCUCACCUGCUGAAUGUCGGACGGAGGUUUACUCAACACUGCGUCACAACAGCUGAUUCUGAUUGUAUAUCCAUUGUACAUGUGUGUAUGUGUGGCUAUAACAUGACUAUAUACACAUAUAAGUAUGGUGUAUUUCUAUAACAAUGUGUUGACAGUAAUAUAUAAUGUAUUUAUGUACAUACUCUAAAGUAUAACUAUUGUUAUAAAAUAUUUUAGAACUAUAAAGUGAAAUGUAACUGUAUUAUCACAGCAUAGCUUUCUUCCAGUUUUAUAUACACUGAGCAAUUGAGGCUAGUUCUAGAAGAUGCAAUAUUAUCUUUGGUAUUAACCUGUGCUUGUAGAAUAUUAAUGCUUCCUACUUUCCAUCCUUCCUUCCUCGUUUCCUCUGUCUUUGAUGUGUAUCUGAGCCUUUCUGAGCACGCUGUCUGCUGCCUGAGGUUUGUUUGCACCGACCGGGACCAGAAGCUGCUAAACGCACCCAUGACCUAAUCACACACACUACCUGUCAGAAAGCACAUCUUUUUUUCUAUACUCUCACUGCAGGCAGGGAAAACUGUCGUUGUUACGUGUGUGUGUGUGUGUGUGUUUGUGUGUGUGAGGUAUGCGUUUGGUGUGAUGGAUGUGCUCCUCCCUCUGCCAUUAUUGGACACACACAACGAUCGACACACAACAAUCCUGAGCUCCGUCUCACUCACAUUUAUGGGGUCUGAAAGCACUCUCGCUCUCCGGUCUGUGACUGUUCUCCUGCGGCAGGGGCGGAGCCAGAGGGGUGGCACCUGAUUGGCCACCCUAAGUGCCACCCCCCCCAGGAAUCGAGAAGCAUGUGCAGAUCUUGGAUUUUGCAUUUGCAUUUAAAUUUUGUUAAAUUUUGUCUGAUKCUACUGUACUGUAUACUUUUUCAGCUGUGUAUGUUUAAAAAAUGGCUGGAUUAUAGUUGUUUGUAAAAUUAGCGUUAGCAUUAGCGGUUAGCUUAAUUUGGGAUAAGCAUUGGCAGUUGGGAUGCAAACAUUCAUGGCUACUCCACAACAAACAAUGGUAGAGCUGUAGCUUUUUUAAGCUAGCUGUCGUGGCCAUUUUGAAUUGUUGAUCAGUAUUUAGAAUUUGGUACACAGUAAAAAAAAA